GUUAUCUGUCUGGAUCCCGAGGUAAGCCCUCUUCUCGCUACCAUCCUCCCCUUCUCUUUGGGUCUAUGCUGGGAGAUUGCAGGAGAUAUCAGAAACCACACCUGAAAACACAACAUGCUUUUUGAUUUCAGAUGAUGAUGAUUAGAUAUUAUUGGGUACGUAAUCGUGGUUUAUUGUCUAUACUUGUCCUUUUCCUUAUGGUUUUGUUUGGUUGUCAGGGGAAUGCAAAUUUUUUAUGUAAAGUGAAAUUUUUUUUCCAGAAAAAAUAAAUUGAGAUGUUUGGUUGGAAGGGAAAUAUAUUUUACAUGUAAAAAAAAUUUCACAUAUACACUAAAAUUUCCCAUUUUGUUUUCCGACCAAAUUAGGAAGAAAAAACAAAACCCUGUUCUCAUCGUCUGUCAAUCACUCUCGCGACUCUCAAGUCUCAUCCCGCUCAUGACUCAAUCUCUCUCUCACGCAACUCUCAAUGCUCUCAUGACUCUCACCUAGCACACAGGGUGAGGCGAUCUCUCUCUCACGUGAUUCUUAGCGAUCUCUCUCUCAGGUGACUCUCAUUCUGCUCAAGCAGGGUGAGAUGAUCUCUCCCACGCGACUCUCAUUCUGUUCGUGGUUUUCCUUCUCAACAAGUUGUUGGUUCUCUUUCUCAGGAGAAGAAUUUGGAAUCUCUAAUCCUCAGCUAAUGAGGCCAAGGUCGUUGAAGCCAUGCCUUACAGCUCUGCUUGAACUAAUACUGGUGUUGAGUGACUAGGAGCAUAAAUAGCUGCGUGACUCCAGACACUGACAACCCAUUGCAACCUCUCUAACUAGAGAGAGAGAGAGAGAGAGAGAGAGAGAGUUAUGAUGGAAGAAGAAAGAUCCUCUGGUGUACGCAACCUGCAAGAGACACCGACUUGGGCGGUGGCUAGCAUUUGCUUUUUCCUCAUACUCCUCUCCAUAAUCUUUGAAUGCUGCAUGCGCCACAUUGUCAAAUGGCUCAGGAAGCAUAAGAAGAAGGCAUUGGAAGAGGCUGUGGAGAAGCUUAAAUCAGAGCUGAUGUUGUCUGGUUUCAUUUCGCUUAUAUUAGCAGCACUGCAAGGACCCAUCUCCAAUAUCUAUGUACCCAUCAAAUAUGCAAAAUUCAUGCUUCCUUGUCCCAAUAAUGCAACUACCACAGUAGACAAAUUCAGGGAGACUCAUAGAACUGGUGGCACUUCCAACUAUGAUAAACAUAGUCCACAUAGUGCAACACCUUAGUAGGGUGGUAGAAGCAAGAGAAGGAGCUAGAAUCAGGACUGCAAUUAUGAGGCAAAUGUGGGUUGAUUAUCGGCGAAGGCGGCGUAAUCUCCAUUAGAGUAUUGGUUGUACUUUUUUUUUUUGUGUGCUAUGCUUGUAAUAGCUAUAAAGUUGGAUUAUACUAGAGACUGUGAUUUGGAAUGGAAUUAUAAAAUCUUUAUGACAAAGCACCAGAGUGGUAAGAUUUAGCGAAGAUACACUUGACAUCGUCUUUGAUUUCCUCAUGGUAAAUGAACCUCAAGCAAAGGCAUUUUUAGUUA